GGGUCUUCAACUAGAACCACCACCAUCAUCAUUGUCUAACUUCACAGGAACAUCGAAAGAACUUGACCUCAAACCCGAUCACUCUAAAAAUCAAAAAUCGAAAAAAUGUCUACACUCACAGCUGCGCGAUACGGUAAAGACAAGGUGCGCGUGUUCCGCGUCGUAAGAGAGGGGAAGUGGCACCAUGUCGUCGAGUAUAACGUCUGUGCGUUGCUCGAGGGGAAAAUAGAAACGAGCUACACCGAAGCCGAUAACUCAGUCGUGGUGACCACCGAUGCAAUCAAGAAUAUAACAUACUACCUCGCCAAGGUCUCUCCGCACAUUCUCUCCCCCGAACGCUUCGCCCUCCACCUCGGGACCCACCUCGUGUCGAAGUAUGCGCACAUCGACCGUGCGUAUAUCACUGUUGAGAAGCUUCGAUGGUCCCGUAUUGCGGUUGGCGCCCCAGGCCAAGAACAGCCGCACCCGCAUGCGUUCGUGCGCGAUGGCGACGAUAAAAGGAUCGUUAACGCAGAGAUCGAUGCAUCUGCAGGGAAGGAUAAGAUUGUGGGCAAGGUGUCUUCUGGGAUUAGUGACUUGCUUGUUCUGAAAUCUACGGGGUCUGCUUUUUCUGGGUUCAUUCGCGACGAGUAUACGACGCUGGUUGAGGUUGACGAUCGUAUAUUUUCUACGUCUGUCGAUUUAACAUAUACGUUUGGGCCGUUGACUAUCGCAGCGCCGAGUGAUGGUAAGAAGCUCGAGUUCAAUGUGCCUGAGGAGAUGGAGGCGGGCAGUGUUUACGACGGGGAGGGGGUGGCUGAGCGUGCGAGGACUGCGACGCUGGACAUCUUCGCGACUGACGAGAGUGCGAGUGUGCAGGCGACGAUGUUCAAGAUGGGACAGCGUGUGAUAGCGGAGAACGCGGGGGUGGAGGCAGUCACGUACGCGCUGCCCAACAAGCACUAUAUACCGGUUGAGAUGAAGUACAUUGGGGUUGACAACACGACACCAGCGAACGCAGACGUCUUCGCACCGGUGGCUGCCCCGAGUGGCUUGAUCUCCGCCACGAUCUCGCGUCAAUAGGGCCAAAGAAGUGCGUCAUCGUCCUGGCGACAGAGAGGAGGGCGAGGAGAGGAGGGCGGGGAGGGCGAGAGCGUUGAUAGCGUCGAUAGAGAGCCAAUGAGACGAGAAUGAUUCACACCGCACGCGUGGUUGGCAGGGAGGAUGGAGACAAGCGGGAUGUCGAGGAGAACAGUCUGAUAACGCUUCGAUGACAUCAUGCGGACACACCCGUGAUCUAGAUUUUGGGGUGUUACAAUGAAGUACUCUGUAAAUAUAUACCAAACACACAAUUCCAGUCCACUCCCCUCUCUCUCCACCAU